CCCAGGUCCUUUGGAAAAGUAGUCAGUGCCCUUAGCUGCUGAGCCAUCUCUCCAGUCCCUUUGAUAGUUAAUUCUAACUCAUUGUAAUCAUAUCACAUGCUUCUCAAGAUUUAAAUUUUUUAAAUGAAUUUUUUCUAUAUUAAAUUAUGUGUAUGUGUGUAUAUGUGUGUGUAUGCAUGUGGGUUCAGGUGCCUGAGGAAGCCAGAAGAGGGCAUCAGAUCUCCCAGAGCUGGAGUUAUGGACAGGUAGUUAAGGACAGCCUGCCAUGGAUUCUGGGAACUGAACUCUGGUCCUCUGCAAGAGCAGCAAAUGUGCUCAGCUGCUGAGCCAUUUCUCUGAGCUGGGCCCUGUAAUUUGCUUAUUUAAAAAAACAUUGAGGUUUAUUUUAGUUUGAUUCCUGGAUUUGUUCUGAAGUUUCUGCCAUGUACAUUUGAGAAUGAAUGUCUUUUCUGCUGUUGUUGUGUAGUAUUUUGUUAGUGUGUUAGCCUAACUGGUUUAUAGCCUUGUUUCAGUUUUCUCUUUUCAUACUGACUCACUGAAAGUGAGAUCUUGAAAUUCCUAACUACUGUUGAGGAACCUGUGUUUUCCUUUACUUCACCAGAUUUCCUUCAUUUUGUGCUUCUUUAGUUGGGUAAAACCCUACAUCCUAAAUCCUGAGCCUGCCUUGGCCAUUGUGUCUUUGAUUCUAGUAACAGUUUUUCUCUUAAAGUCUUUUUUUUAUCUGAUAUCAGAGUAGUGAAUCCACCUGUUGAUAAUCAGUUAGUAUCUGGGGCCUGGUGGUAAAGAAUAGAAUAACCGAGAAGAGAGGAUGGACUCAGGAAGAGGUAAAAUACAAAUCAACUACAGGCCUUAAUCUGUGAGGUGUGGAAGAGCAUUUCAGAAGGAAUGCCGAGGGCCCAAUUAUGCAUUCAUUUUAUCUCGGAGAAAUGAUGGAAAGAGUUGACUUUACUGAAUCUCUGUCCUUGUGAUCCGGGAGGCAAAUCCUUUUAUCAUUGCCUAGCAAUAUGAUGUCACAUUUUGGUGUAUCAGGCCCAGGUGAGGAAGGGCGAGACAGGAUCAGGAUAAAAGACUUUUCACCCUUUUCUGUGCCCUUUUGAGGUUGGUGCUAUACCUUAAGAGGCUAACAGGAAGGGUAAAGGAACUCUCCAUUAAACCCAGAGCAGAGGCUGUGCACCUCCUCUUAGAUCCUGUCUGGAGUCACAGAUGUAAAAAGGAAAAUAAAGAUACGGGGCUUAAAAAAAGAGCAUAAUAUUGCAUUAUUUAUUUGGUAGAAGUUAAUAAACUGUAGAUAGCAGCUUGGAAGGGAACCUUGUGGAUGUACUAGCUAAAAACAGAUGUCAUACAGAGUAACUAUCAUAGGAGUUGUUUGUUGUCUAUUUUGUCCCACCCCCAAGGAGAAGACUGCUGUGCAGGUUCCAGAGGGCCUGUGUUGAUGUCUGAAAGAGUCAAGCCCAUCAUUUCUAGGGUUGUUUUUCAAAGAGCACUUUUCUUCUUGGGCUCAAACUGCAUUAUUUUAACUCAAGAUAAGAGACAGGAGGGAAAGGUUUAAAUCCCAAAUCUAAAGCUCUGUUAGUUGCUUCUGACCAAUCCCCCUUCCCAUCCGACAAGCUGCAGAUCUGUUUGUCAAACCCAGUGUGUACAGACAAAUCAUGAACUUGAAGUCAGGGAAAAGCAGCCAACUUAGGUCAUUAGGUCAUUGACAUUCUGCUGUAGUUGUGUGUUUGUUUGUUUGUUUGUUUGUUUUGUUUUUUUUACAACUCUCUGUGGGUCUCACGCCCAGCUUCCAAAUAAAUACACAGAGAUUACUUCUUGUUUAUGAACUCCUGGCAUUAGCUCAACUUUAUUCUAGUCGGCUUUUAUAAGUUAAAUUAUCCUGUUUCUCUUUAACUAUGUUUUGCCUCUGGGCUUUUUUUUUUCCUUCCUUUAUUCUAUAUGUCUUUCUUCUUACUGCAUGGCUGGCCCCUGUGUCAUGGUCGUCCUCUUCUGCUUUUCUCACUCAAUCUUCUCUAGGUUUCUCCUAUUUAUUCUGUCUGCAUGCCAGCUCUGCAUAUCCUUUCUCCUGCCUAAACAUUCUUUUCUGGACAUUCUGUGGUUAUCCUCCAACCCUCCUGGAGUUAAGCUCUGAGGAUCUCCUCAUAACUCCUGUUUGAAAACCAUUGUGUUUCACCACACUUAGUCACUCAGGUAAAACAAUUGUAAGUUGCCAGAAAGUGUGGUUGGAGGCUUUCUGCUUUGUAUUUUACAGAAGCCCAUUCCAUAUUAAUAGAGUUGACCAUGCCACCUGUACCUGUCUUAGUAACAGUACUGUGGAAGAUGCAUGUUUUUAAGCUCAACUUCUUUGUCUUGAAGGUUGUGGCAGCACUGCCCGAACAUAUGACAGCAAGCUUUGAUUCUAGUGAGGCAUCAUUCCAAUUGGUGAUAUGUGUGCUUACUCUUGGACUGCUUGCUGUUUUUGUACUUCUUUGGAGAGGCUUCCGAUCAAUUCAAAGCCGAUUUUAUGUUGUAAGAGAGAAAAGCCUCCAUCUCAAACUUUCCGAGCUAAUAAAAGAGAAAUGUAAACUACUUGAAAAAGUGAGCCUUGCUCAAAAGGAGUAUGAAGACUUAGAGUCAUCUUUAAAGGAGCCCAGCAAGGUGUCAACAGAAACACAGAAUCUGAAGACAACAUAUGAAAAUCUAGAAAGACAUAAAUCUCAACUUGAAGAUGAAAUACUAUCUUUAGAGAAGAAACUAGAAGAAGAGAGAGCUAAGCAUGAACAAGAUGAAUUGAUGACAGACAUUUCAAAAAGGAUACAAUCUCUAGAAAGUGCAUCAAAGUGUGUCAAGACACAACUCACUGAAGCAAAAACUAACAUCAGUAUAUUUCAAAUGAAUGAAAAACACCUUAAGGAAGUAAUACAAGAUACCCUGAAUGAAAAUUAUCAACUUGAGGAAAGCCUGAAGGAGCUUUUAGAGGAAUUUGAAAAAACGAAAGAACAAACUGACGAACUGAAUAAUCAGAAAGCAAUAUGUGGAAGAUCCAAAGUACAGGCAGAGCAAGUCCUAAAUGAAAAAGAAAAUGAGAUCAAGUCUCUGAUGGAGAGCCUGCUGAAGACCAAAGUUUGGACUUGCUUGUUUGGAGACGAUAUAACAGAUUAUGAUGGGCCAGUAUUCUCAAAAUUGGAAUUGAGGAAGAAUGAAACCAAAGUUGACCCUGGGAACUCAACUGUGCCCAACUCUGUUCCUGCUGAAUUUGAGGCAGCUGGCCCCGGCUUCAUCCCAUCACCGGUUCCCCAGGAUAGAGGCCCCAGAGGCCCUCCCAUUGCAGAAGAUCCAAGAAGUCCCAUUAUGAGUAGGCCACCCCUAUUCCCACCGCCUCCUCUGGGAAACAUCCAUGCCAGUCCUCCGGAUUAUUUUACACCAAGGGACUUUGCUGACCCACCUUUCCCGCCAUACCCAGAUGAACCAAAAUCUUCAGAAAUGAUGUCCACGAAGAAUUACUCCAAAAGCAAGCCUGGAAACUCAACUGUGCCCAUCUCUCCUACUGAAUUUGAGGCAGCUGGCCCUGGCUUCAUCCCUCCACCGGUUCCCCAAGAUAGAGUCCCCAGAGGUCCUCUCUUUGCAGAAGAUCCAAGAAGCCCCAUUAUGAGUUGGCCACUCCCAUUCCCACCACCUCCUCCAGCAAUCAACCUUGCAGUUCCUCCAGGAUAUUUUACAUCAAGGGACUUCAGUGGCCCACCCUUCCUGCCUCCACCAAGGGACUUCCCUGGCCUACCCUUCGCACCAUACCCAGAAUUCAACUCUGCCCAAUUCUCCUCCUGCUGAAUUUGAGGCAGCCGGCCCUGGUUUCAUCCCUUCACCGGUUCCCCAGGAUAGAGGCCCCAGAAGCCUUCCCUUUCCAUUGGAUCCCAGAAGUCCCAUUAUGAGAAGGCCACCCCCAUUCCCAGCACCUCCUCCAGGAAACAUGCAUGCAGAUCCGCCAGGUUAUUUAACACCAAGGCACUUCAAUGGCCCAUAUUUACUGCCUGCAUGUCCUCCAGAUCGUUUUCAUCCAAGGGACUUUCCUGGCCCACCUUUCCUACGAUACCCAGAUGAGCCAGAAUCCUUAGAAAUGACAUCCACGAAGAAUAACAGAAAAAGUGACCCUGGAAAGUCAACUGUGCCCAACUCUCUUCCUGCUGAAUUCGAGGCAGCUAGCACUGACUUCAUCCCUCCACCAAUUCCCCAAGAUAGAGACCCCAGAGGCCCUCUCUUUGCAGGGGAUCCAAGAAGCCCUGUUAUGAGUAGGCCACCCCCAUUUCCACCACCAACUCCAGGAAACAUCCAUCCAGUUCCUCCAUGUUAUUUUAUAUCAAGGGACUUCACUGGCCCACCCUUCCUGCCAUACCCAGGGAGAAAUGUGAACGAACCAAGGGGCUUUCUGCCUUUCCUUCCAGCAAGAGCUGGGUUUGUUCCCCUACCCCUACAUCCUGAAAGUAGAAAUGAGCUGCCCCCAGACUUCAUUAUGUCUUCCAAACAACCUGCACCUGAACUUCUGGAAACACAGGAGACCUGACACUUUCCUCAAGGGUCAUUUCUUCUCAUUUUCAGUUUAAGUAACUGCUGUUACUUAUGUGAUUAUAUUGUUGCUCAAAUCAAAGCUUAAUGGAUUAGCAUUUUGUAAAUAAAGAUUAUUUAACUAUGAA